AUGGACUCCGCGCGCAAGACGUUCACUAUCGGGACGCGCAAGUCAAACUUGGCUGUGGUGCAGACAGAGCUCGUCCGGACAGCAUUGGUCGCGAGAUGGCCGGACUGCGAGUUUAAUGUCCAUACUCGCGAUGCUGCUGGCGAUUUGAACAAGAUUACCCCGCUUCGCGAGUUCACGUCGAAGAAUCUCUGGACGGAAGAGCUCGAGGAGAUGCUACUAGCGAAACAGCUAGAUCUCGUAGUGCAUUCUCUAAAAGAUGUCCCCACGCAGAUUCCAGAGAGCUGCGUCCUGAGCGCGAUCAUGAAGCGUGAGGAUCCGAGGGACGCCCUGGUCGUCAAGAAAGGCCAGCCAAAGACGACACUUGCGGAGCUGCCUGCAGGCUCGGUGGUUGGAACUUCCUCUGUCCGUCGUACAGCUCAGCUAGGCCGCCAUUACCCACACCUCAAAGUCAUUGAUGUGCGAGGCAACAUCGAAACCCGUUUGGCUAAAUUAGAUGCGGAAGACGGCCCGUUUACGUGCAUCAUACUCGCAGCUGCAGGUCUACUCAGGACGGGGCACGGAGAUCGCAUUUCGCAGUACCUAGACUCCAAAAGCGGCCAGAUGCUUCAUGCGGUGGGCCAGGGGGCGCUUGGAGUUGAAAUCCGGGCCGACGACGACAAGAUGGCCGACAUGCUUCGUGAGAUAGGAGACCAGAAGGCGACGUUUGCCUGUCUGGCCGAGAGGAACCUGCUCAGGACGCUCGAGGGUGGAUGCAGCGCUCCCCUUGGCGUAGAGACAGAAUGGGUACAGGAUGCCAGCGGGAAGGAGAUGCUAAGGCUCAGAUGCAUAGUCACCAGCGUGGAUGGCAAGGACGCGGUGGAAACUGAAAAGGACGGCGACGUCCAGUCUCCCGAGCAGGCUGAAGCCUUUGGCAGGGCUGUUGCAGACGAGAUGGUCGAAAAGGGCGCCGGGAAGAUCCUAGAGGUUAUUAAGCAGAAGAAGGCCUGGUGA